AUGGACGGCUCAAAAGAUAUCCCCAACAUCGACCAGAAUCCUCAGCAGCAAGCGGAUCCCACUCUGAAGAAGGCUUCUGCUGCCACUGAUGCAAAGCCCAAAGUCAGAACCGAGUCCAAGUCUGGCGCUCAAAGACCGCCGUUGAACAGAUUCACCACCAGCCACGAGAAUGUACUGCAAGAAAACUUCAUUGGUGCAAUUGACCAAGGUACCACUUCAUCAAGAUUUAUCAUCUUCGACGGAGUUGGCGAGCCUGUAGCAAUGCACCAAAUUGAAUUUGAGCAAAAGUACCCCGAGUCUGGUUGGCACGAGCAUGACCCUUGGGAACUCGUCGCUUCGGUAGAGACUUGUAUUGAGGAGGCUACCAAGAAGUUCCUCGAAAAGGGCCACAAGGUCUCGGACAUCAAGGCAAUUGGCCUCACCAACCAGAGAGAAACAACUCUGGUUUGGGAUGCGGAGACCGGAGAGCCUCUGCACAAUGCCAUUGCCUGGCCCGAUACCAGAACCAAGGGUCUUGUCCGCGAGUUCAAGGAGCGCAAGGGCGACCAGAACUUGUCAGAGAUUUGUGGUAUUCCCCUCUCGACAUAUCCAUCAUGCCUCAAGCUCGUUUGGAUGUUGCGCCACGUUCCCGAGGUGCAAAAGGCCUACGACGAGGGUCGCCUGUGCUUCGGUACCGUCGACACCUGGUUGAUUUACAACCUCAACGGAGGAAAAGAGAAGAACAUCUUUGUCACAGACUCUACAAACGCUUCAAGAACCAUGUUCAUGAACCUUCACACCUGUCAAUAUGACGACAAGCUUCUUGGCUUUUUCGAUCUUGAUCGCACCAAGCUCAGACUGCCCAAGAUUGUUCCUUCGUCUUGCGCAGACGCAUAUGGUACCCUCUCCAAGGGUAUUCUGAAGGGCAUGAAAAUUGCUGGCUGUCUUGGUGAUCAGUCUUCGGCACUGGUCGGACAACAAGGCUUCACUCCUGGCUCUGCCAAGAACACAUAUGUGGCCUACGAUUUCGGACGCAACAGAAAGCCUGUAUACGCCCUUGAGGGUUCCGUGGCCGUCGCUGGUUCUGGUGUCAAGUUUUUGAUGAACAACAUGGGUUUCAUUGCCCACGCCGAAAAGGUUUCAGAACUUGCUUCCACUGUCGACGACAACGGUGGUCUCGUCUUCGUCACUGCCUUCUCCGGUCUCUUUGCACCAUACUGGAUUGAUGAUGCAAAGGGUACCAUCUUUGGUAUUACCCAGCACACACAAAGAGGUCAUAUUGCACGGGCUACUCUGGAAGCUACUUGCUUCCAGACAAAGGCCAUUCUCGACGCCAUGGAGAAGGACAGUGGACAUGCUCUGUCAGACUUGGCCGUUGAUGGUGGUAUGANNACACAAUCCAACAUCAUCGGUAUCCCUGUCAACCGUCCUGCUAUGCGCGAAACAACCGCUCUGGGUGCCGCAAUCGCCGCCGGUUUUGCCGUCGACAUCUGGAAGGAGUUCAGCGAGCUCAAGGCCAUCAACCAAAAGAACCGCAUGGUCUUCGAGCCCGAGGUCACACCCGAAGAGAGCGAAAAGAUGUUUAAGAAGUGGGAUCGUGCUGUCAGCAUGUGCCGCGGUUGGCUCGAUGUUGACGAGGUCACCGAGACGUAA